AUGUCCAAAAGUUUCGUUUCUCGAUCCCCCCCGGACGCCGUAAAGGGGGCGUUGGACGCACUACAGCGAUCGCUUGUGCGGAUCCUUAAAAUGGAGGCCAUGGCCUCUAUCUGGAUGGUGCACAUCGUGGAUGUUGCCUCUGGCUCCUUGGCCAGCAAGCUGCACCACCUUUACAAGUGA